GUCCAGGCGCCGGGCGGGUCGGAAGGGCCUCCAAGAGCCGCCAGCCGGGGAGAGUGCGCCACUGCCCCGAGCCGCAGCGCGGGCACUGCCAGCGUCAGCCCCGGGCACGGACGCGGGGCCUUGGCUGCAAGCCGCCCCUGCUGAUCCCUGCUUGGCUCUCGCUGUUUCCUGUGACUGUUUCCUCUCCGAGCCCAGAGCUCUGCCGAGCGCGCAGCCCUGCCCGGGGGCGCGGGCGUCCUGCGGUGCCCGGUGCCCCGCGCGCUCCCUGCAGCCCGGCAGCCUCCCCGCAGCCGGCACGGCCGCCCCUGCCCGGCAGGCAGCGCAGCGCAGGGCAGCGCAGGGCAGGGCGAGGCCGCCCCGCCGGGCCCCGCUCCCCGGCUGCAGAGUUUGGUCCCCUUUAAGAAGCCGCAGCCUGCGAGUCUCUUGACGUCAAUGAGGGUGAAAUCUCCUUAGAGCGCCGCAGAGCCGGAGCGGAGCCGGCAGCAGGAGCCCGGCGCGGAGCCGCCCGCGCGGCGCGCUCCCUGAUGCCUGACUACUUGUGACGCUCUGGUGCAGACAUGGCUGGGACCAAGUGCUGCUAUGAGGGGAAGAUUGCUGGCCUCUAUGACUUGGAGCGCACACUGGGCAAGGGCCAUUUUGCUGUGGUCAAGCUGGCCCGGCAUGUCUUCACUGGGGAGAAGGUGGCCGUCAAAGUGAUUGACAAGAGCAAGUUGGAUGUGAGUGCAGCAGGGCAGCUGCUGCAGGAAGUGCGCUGCAUGAAGCUGGUGCAGCACCCCAACGUAGUUCGGCUUUAUGAGGUCAUUGACACCCACUCCAAGCUCUACCUCAUCCUGGAGCUGGGCGAUGGUGGGGACAUGUUUGACCACAUCAUGCGGUAUGAGGGUGGCCUGACGGAGGGGCGCGCCAAGCACUACUUUGCCCAGAUUGUCCAUGCCAUCUCCUACUGCCACAAGCUACAUGUGGUCCAUCGUGAUCUCAAGCCUGAGAACGUGGUUUUCUUCCAAGAGCAGGGUGUGGUCAAGCUCACUGACUUCGGCUUCAGCAACUGCUUCCAGCCUGGCAAGAUGCUCACUACCAGCUGUGGCUCACUGGCCUACUCUGCACCUGAGAUCCUUCUGGGAGAUGAGUAUGAUGCCCCUGCUGUAGACAUCUGGAGCUUGGGCGUCAUCCUGUACAUGCUGGUGUGUGGCCAUGCACCCUUCCAGGAGGCCAACGACAGUGAGACACUGACUAUGAUCAUGGACUGUCGCUACACGAUCCCUCCACACGUGUCCUCACAGUGCUCUGAUCUGAUUUCCAGGAUGUUGCAGCGGGAUCCCAAGCAACGCGCCUCACUGGAGCAGAUUGAAACCCACCCAUGGCUGCAGGGUGUGGACCCCUCCCCAGCCAGCCGCUCCUUGCUCCCCCUCACAUCCCACAAGCGGGUGUCUGAAGAGGAGCAUGACAUCAUCAUCCAGGCCAUGACGUGUGGGAACAUUGCUGAUCGAGACACCAUCCAGGAGGCCUUGGAAGCUGAUCGCUACAACCACAUCACAGCCACCUACUUCCUCUUGGCAGAGCGGAUCCUUCGUGAGAAACAGGAGAAGCAGAGCCACAACCUCAGCUUGGUUUACAACCUGGCCCAGCAGGUCCAGAACAGGACCAACUUGUCGGACACAUUCAGCACUGUGGGCAACAGCAGUGACCUUUCACCCUUUAUGGAGACACCAAGCAGUCUUGCAGCUUUCCCCAGUCCUAAGCCCCAACCAGCAACUAAGAGCACUUUGGAAGCAUUUGGAAAGGAUUCUGGGAAAAGUGAAAGGAAGUCCACUUCCUUAUCUACAGUGGAUGGAGAUGAAGUUCCAGCCAGUUUCCAUGGAAAUAAACAGCCAGUCAGAGCAUUGCUCAAGCCCUCCCUGGUUGAUGCCCCCAUUGCCAAGAGCACCCCUGCUUUGCAGCAGAUUUGUGAGGAAGAAGAGGAGGAGGAGGAAGAUGGAAAGCCUGACACAAUAGAAAGGAAAAGCACCUCCUUAAACCAAGAGCAAAUGAGAGAUUUCCAGACCUCCAAGGUCUCCAUACUGUUCUGCCGAGGCACCAUGGUCUAUAGUAAGGGGGACAAGGGCUCUCCUGCGAGGGCCACAAAGCCAGUCCUCUGUGAACCAGCCACAGGGUCUAACGAUCCAUACCAACCUCUCCAGCAGUCAGCAAGCCCAGUGGACAAGAAAGGACCCAGACAAGAGGCAGCAAGCCAAAAUGCAGGUUGGGAAGUCACAGGCAGCAAUCUUAACUUAGGCCUUGGGAAGAAUACCAGUGACCCACUGCUGGUGGGUACCACAGCUGGAGAAGGGGAUGGUGAGCUCUGGAAAGGCAGGCAUGACUUUGAGCCACUGGGAUUUGAAGGAAAGGGUCUGGAAAGGGCUGAGGUUGAAGACAGGUCAGGGAAGCAGGAGGACAACAACAACACCACAAAAAUAGAGGAUGGUGGCACCAUUGAGGAGCUUUCUGAAAAAGCAGAAAAGAUCAUCUACCCACAGAGCAGCAAGGACCUUGGCACCAACUCUACUGGAAGCUGUGGGGUCCAGGAUGGAGGAAGCCUCCAAGCCAUUUUAACUAGGACAUCAGCUCUGGAAGACAAGUCCAGUAAAAUUGAUGGUAUCCCUGAGAUGGGAUCCUCAGACCAGGCAAAGCACUCAGCUGAGAGCUCCUACAAUGAUGGUACUGUGGGCAGUGAAACCAUGGUAGACAAUGUGAUAAAGCUUGAUCCUGGUAAGAACAAGAGCGCGAGCCUGAGGGACAGGAUCAUGCAGUUCCCAUUGUGUGAGAAGGCACUGGCCUUCAAGAUCAGGCCCAGCUCCAAGGACAGCCUCCUUUCCCUGGGACAGUUCAACUGCUGCCAUGUCAUCUAAGUGCUGUACAUAUAUCACCCAUCAUCAAGGGACUGAGCGAGAGAAGGAAAGUGACUGAGAACAGCCCCAAAGCCAGGGGCACGGCAGAUGCAGGACUGCAAGACAUCAUGCUUUCGCUGUUCUUGUUCUCCUCCAUUUCUUCAUUCUUGUACUCCCCUAGAGCAGCUGCUCUCCUAGUUCCAUUGGGCUGAAAACCGUGCUCCACCUGCUUGUCCUUCCUUUGCCUAGGAUUCCUGCACUGAAAACACUUUGAGCUCUUGGCACCCCAGCACCGAGAACACAGUGUAGAGUUCAGGACCAUCUGCUUGGCUGACCCUGUCUUUACACACUGCUGCCAGCCCGCUCCAACCUGCUGCAGCUACUCUGUGAUCUCCUGGGGCAGGAUCUGUCAGUACAGCAUAUUGGGGAAGGGGUCUGCUCAGGUACUUCUCUAGGCAGUAGGCAAGGCAGUCUUGGUUUAGGGACAUCUCACAGACUCCUGCAAGUAUAGCCCUUGUGAUCUCUGCAAAGGUUGCUUUGAUGCCCCCUGCUUGGCAGAAGGCAGCAGCACUCACUGUCACCUACACAGGCUGGAAUUUGCAAAGGGACGAAGGCAGGAGGAAUGUUCAGCUCAGUGUCUGGCUGUGUUCAGCUGCUUCAGGAACCCUAGGUCUGCUCUCAGACAAGCUUGGCCAAGUAGGAGGCAACUUUGAGGGCACUGGCUCGUAGUAAACACCACAGCUGCUGCAGGGUACAUUUCAGUAUGCAUGGGCCACUGGCCAUACUUGUCCAGUCCUGAACCGUAGGUCUGGAGUCUGAGCUCAGGUAGAAGUCAGAAUCCAUUCCCCACUCGGACUUGGGUAGCCCAGCCUGUGAGCCUCUAGGGACUGAUUCAGGGGCAGCUGCACACUUCCCUGGGACCCACUCCUUCUGCUCUUGAGGUGUGGGUAAAUCUAGGCCAGUUACCAAAGGUUUAAAAGUAGAAGGCAAUACCCCAUUCCUGUGAGAAGCCUGCCUGUGUUCCUUGCUCCAUCAUAGCCAAACACCAGAGUCAGGCUUGCGCGUCCCCUGCGUUUCAGGGUCAUUUUGCUCCCUCAGGGCUGAGAGGAUGCAAAGGGACUCCACCGCACCCUGGAGAAUGCCCCCAGUACAGGGGCUGCUCCACCAGGAACAGAGCCAUCUCCAACCACCCCAUGUGAGCACCAGGCAGGUUCAGGAUAAUCCUACACUCAGGCUCCCUUCAGCAGCCACAACACCCAAAAGACCAUAGCAACUGGAGUGCAGGUUAUGGCAAACCCCCAGGGUUGCCUUUCCCUGCUCCAAGACUGGACCUGGCCCUAGUGGCUACAGGACAUAGGAGAUAAAGCCACCUCUACUUGGUCUCUGUGCUGGGGGCUUUGUCCCCACGACUCCUUUGGAGGUGGCAAGUACUGUGGGAGAACCAAAUCCUGCUUACAGCGUGUACCCUUGGAGCACUGCUAAAGCCUCCACACCUCUGCACACAGCCAGGGAGCCAAUUCCAAGGUUCUCAGCAAGAUCAGCCCUACUCUCUGCCAUCAAGGGCAGCUGUGAAACCACUUUCUAGCAAGGGAGGGAAGGAGUACCUGAUGGAAUCCGCAUGGCAGUACCUGCCCCUUUAAGAGGGCACUGGCAGUACAAGAAGGCUGUCGGUGUGUGUGGCAGGGGACCCAACCAACUGUGCUGUAGGACAGGGCCUCUGCUCUGUGGCUGGCAGCAACCAGGUGUCAGCAUCAUAGUCGUUGCUGGGCCUUGCCUGCUAGAGAGGGUGCUAGGUGAGAAGAGCCUGGCCUAGCUGGGGGAGGAGACAUACUAGUCUAGGUAGUAAUGAUGCCAGACACAGAGGUCCUGCAUGAGUCUAGGCAUGCAUCCCUCUUCUUUUUCUGUAAAAGCCAGACAAUGCCCUGAAAGCUCAAAAUCCCACAGUCCAGUGGGUGCUUUGGGCACAUCUUGGUGUCUAGGCAGCCAGCAGCCCCCUCUGCCCUUCUGGCUUGGGAGGGGGUUUUUAUAACUAUUAGAAAUAUUUUUUUUAAAAUAGUCUAUUUUAAUGUAAUUUAAAUAGAGAUCAUUAUAUGCCCCCACCCCCUGCCCCUGCCUGAGCACUCUUGGGGCAAUGGGCUGCGCUUCCUGCACCAAACAUGCAUGGCCUCCAGAGCUUCUGGGUGCCUGACCAUUUCCCGUCCCACCUCAUAUAGAACCACCCUGUUUGUGCAGUCUGAGUGGCAAUUCAGAGGGGGGCAACUGCUUAUCUGUCUGCACAGUAUCACGCACACUUCUGGUGACUCAACAGGUUAGGAACAGGAGCUGGGAGUGCAUGCUUGUGGUGGUGGGUGUGCGUGUGUCACGCACAAACACAUGUACACACAUAUAAGGUGCACAGUCUAGUCUGUUUCCUCCAGGCACCCCUGCAAUGAUAAGCUUUCUAUUUAUUAUCUCUGUGUUUUCUUGCUGGCAAGAAAUGAAUUGUGAAUAAAGUCUGACUCCAGAGCUCACUCCCAAGUUCUGAACAAUGUGCACUGAAUGGAUCGGGUCCAAUUAGAAAGAAAAGCAAUUCGGUCCAAUAAAAUAAGCUCCUAAUUUCAAA